GUCCUGCGGGGUUGUAUGGGUGCAUAAAUCCUCGUCCGCUGCUCUCGGCCCCUUGCAUUCGUUCCCUCAUCCGCACUGUCUCUUCCUGCAUCCGUUUCUACAUCCUUGGCUUCUCACGCACACUAGUUCUCAACUUGCGUGUCGCAACGAGUGCAGUGUCGCCGUUGAGUUGGAUUCCACUCCCCCACCAGUUGCAUCAGCCGCGUUUGGUGUGUGUGUUUGAGAAGAGAAUUUCAAGCAGACGAGUUUGUGAGGGUGUGUGACGCUGCGCUUGCAGCUUCUCCAAUUAGGAUAUUGAGGGGAUAAUCGAUCCACUAGCGCGAAUCGAGACCUGGGGUUGAUUAUUCUUCUGCAGAGAGGCGAGUUAAAGAAUUUGAAAGGAACUGGAUCUGGCUCUUAGCUCAAGAGGUUUCUGCGGCUGAGCAUUGUUGCAUUUCAGCAAUGGCAUCCACUAUGCUGUUCUCGCAAUCAGCGCAAGAGUCCAUGAAGUCAAUGGGAUUGGGACAGGGUCAUGUUUCUCUAGACACCUGGGAAUGCCAGCUGCCUAAACAUCGACCGGUGCGGACCGCCACCAGCAGCUCGAAGGUGCGUGGAGGUUCUCGCACGACUUCAAAGAGUGUGUCGAUAUCCAAGAGCAGUUUGUCGUUGGACAUGAGCCUGUUGAGGGAGAACGAACCAGCACAUGAGGACGCCGGAGAAUUGGGUUGUGAGACCCCCAAAUCCAACGAGCACAGAAUCCCCGCUGUGGACAUUGAUGCUUGUCCGCCAGCUCCCAAGAAGCCUCGCGGGAUGGGUCGAUUGGUACUGGCCUGCGCAACUGAAUGCGAGAACUCUGACAUCCGGCAGCCCGACCUGGGCUUGCAAUUGUCACCGUGCUACCUGUUCUGAGCAUCAUCGUGGAUUCUCGCAGAAGAAUACUCCGGCAGUGAGUUUGUCGGAGAUGAGUUAGAAGAUGAGUGAAAGGAGCAGAACGGAAGAGCGGAGCCCAGCACGACGGCCGCUCGUACCAGCGGGAAGUGCGACACUGGUCGGUUACCUGAAAACACGAUACAAGGGCACUCGCCAGCUCUACUACAACGAGCGAAUGCCAGGAAUCACUCGCCCCCUGCCAUCGAUGAAGUGAUGGGAGAAGCCGCCCACGUCUGGAGAGGCGGUACCCGUGCAGUUAAUUUAAGGAGGAGCGAGCUCUUCAAAGCCUUUGCAUCAAAGUGGAGCUGGUGAUGCUGCCGUGGUAAUCAUCGACCCGGGCUGCACUGCAGUGUUCCGUUGACUGAUUCCAUUCUGAAAGAAUCGCGCUGACAGCUUCAGAAAACUAGUGUUUGAUUAUGGUUGUCUCACGUUACACUAGAAUGUCGUGACGAAACUCCAAUAAUCGGGAGCGAAACAAAGGAAUAGCUGGAUCCCGUCCACAGCCCUUCCACAAAUCUGCCCACACGCGGCGCGAGACAAUUUGCGAACUUACUGUAGAUUCCUACUGGGCAAUGCAACAGUGCUCUCCUCUACAGACAGCCCCAACAUGGAAAUUGAAUCUCAUGUGCUAAGAGGUCAUCCUCUAGAAGUGUUGGUGACUGCUGUGCUUCCAGCUGGGCAGUUGCUGAUUAGGUCGACACGAUUAUAGGCCAGUGAAGGUGUUGGUGUGCUCUGCUUGUGCGAUAUGUAUAAUGGGUUAGCAACUGUGAAUACCAAGUAUUAUGAUUUAUUUAUUUAUUUAUUCAUGUUCCCACAUUUGUGGUAAAUCACUGAA